AUGAAGAGUGAGUUGAAGAGAAAUUAUUCAGAGAAUCCGACAGAGUUUGUUCUGAUCGGAUUCAGGACAUCUCCAGAAGUACAGAUUGUCUUAUUUUUAAUGUUCUUGAUAAUCUAUCUGAUCACUGUUUUGGGAAAUAUCAGCAUGUUAAUUGUCAUUAAAAUUGACUCCAGACUUCAUACACCUAUGUAUUUCUUUCUUCAAAAUUUGUCCUGUUUAGAUAUUUGCUACUCUACAGUCAUUGCACCCAAAACUCUGGCUACUUUCUUGUCCAAGGAAAAGAAAAUUUUUUACAAUGGGUGUGCAAUGCAGUUCUUUUUCUUUGCUCUUUUUUUGGGGACUGAAGGUUUCCUUCUGGCUGUGAUAGCAUAUGACUGCUUCUCAGCCAUUUGCUCACCUUUCCUCUAUGCUAUGCAUAUGUCUCAGCAGGCUUGUGCUCAUUUGGUUGCUGGCUCCUACAUCUGUGGAUGUAUCAAUUCCAUGAUACAAACAGGUUUCACCUUCAGUUUGUGUUUCUGUGGAGAAAAGAGACUGGACCACUUUUUCUGUGAUGUCCUAGCCCUGCUCAAGAUCUCCUGUGUUGUGAAUGAGAUGGUGUUGUUUAUUCUCUCUGCUUUUAUCAUCAUCACCACCACUACUGUCAUUCUGGUUUCUUAUGGGUGUAUCCUCUCCACUGUCCUAAAGAUCCCCUCCACCAAGGGCAAGAGUAAGACUUUCUCCACUUGCAGCUCUCUCAUCACAGUGGUGAGUUUACUCUAUGGAACUGUGUUUUUCAUGUAUGCUCAACCUGGGGCCAUCUCCUCACCAGAGAAAAGCAAGAUUAUAGCUGUGGUCUACAUGCUUAUUAUCCCUACGUUGAAUCCUUUGAUCUAUAGCUUAAGAAAUAGGGAGGUGAAAAAUGCUUUGAAGAAAACAUUGUUGAGAAAGAUACCUUCUCAUUGA